AUGACCAAGUCUUCUCAAUGUGGUGCCUCGGGGUGCACUCCCUCCCCCAUCGUCAACAAGAUGCCUGGAGUACGGUGUCCAAACUGUGCUGCUAAGGGCCAGGAGGUUUGGGUCAUUCCAGGCAAGAGCUGCCACGUCUGCCAUACUCCCUGCGCAUGA